AUGGAGCUGUGCAUUCCAGGCGACUUGCCCUCAGGUGAGGUGGACGAUGCCGCCCCAUCACCAGUGAGGAACCGCUGCCGCCGCCCCCGGCCAGUUCCUCGAAGGAUCGCGGCGGGGCAUGAGCCGGCGCGAGUGAUCGACGGAGCUCAGCCAGGUGAGCGCGAUCCCCUCUCCGCCUGCCGCCUCCCCGCGCCCCCGAGGGCGAGUCUUGGAGGCGAAGUCCCCGGCCGUGAGCCGUCGGGGCUGCAGCCGGCGCCCACUCAUCCAAAAGGGGAUCUCAUGGUUGCAUGGACGGAGCCGGCAGACGGGCUGGAAAAAGCGCGAGGUCAGAUCAAAGGCAGUUGGCAGUUGAAAAGACUGCCGGCCGUCAGUGGGCCACUGGCCAAUUUCCACUGCCUACUGGCCUCUUGGAUUUUUGCAGAGAAUAUUGGACCGCCGGUGGCCAUGUAUUCCUCGGCCAACUGUUCCAACUGGGAAUUAAAACUGGCCAGACUGGAGCUGCUCGAGAAGCUGGCCUCCGAGGAUCUAUGCAACGGCAGCGGCCAGGUCGGGAGGUCGGACUUCUUCGACGCCGAGAUCUUCAACAUGACCGCAGAGCAGCUCCGCAUUAAGUAUUUGGGCCCCCGCCGGUCAAGCUUCUUCAUCCCCAUCUGCACGACGUACCUCCUGAUCUUUGCGGUUGGGGCCGUUGGCAACGCCCUGACCUGCCUGGUCAUCGUCCGGCACCGUUUCAUGCGGACUCCUACCAACUACUAUCUGUUCAGCUUGGCCGUCUCAGACCUCCUGGUGCUCCUCUUGGGGAUGCCGUUGGAGAUCUACGAGAUGUGGAGCAACUACCCUUUCCUCCUGGGCGCUGGCGGCUGCUGCUUUAAGACCCUGCUCUUCGAGGCGGUCUGCUUCGCCUCCAUCCUCAACGUGACGGCGCUCAGCAUGGAGCGGUAUAUUGCGGUGGUCCACCCGCUCAAGGCGAAGUACGUGGUGACCAAGAACCACGCCAAGAGGGUCAUUGUCACCGUCUGGCUCCUGUCGGUGGUCUGCUCCAUUCCCAACACCAGCCUGCACGGCAUCCAGAACCUCUACGUGCCGGGUUGGGGCGUGGUCCCCGACUCGUCCACCUGCACCCUGGUGAAGUCCCGCUUGAUGUACAACCUCAUCAUUCAGGUCACGACCAUCGUCUUCUUCUUCGUGCCCAUGGCCAUCAUCAGCAUCUUGUACCUCCUCAUCGGCCUGCAGUUGCGGAAGGAGAAGAUGCUGGAGGUUCUGGAGGCCAAGUCGGGGAGCAACUGCGAUUACCACAACCACCGUCUGCACCAGAAGAAGAUCCGUAGGAGGCAGGUGACUAAUAUGCUAUUUGUGCUGGUGGUUGUGUUUGGGAUCUGCUGGGCACCCUUCCACACGGACCGGCUGGUCUGGAGCUUCAUCACCCACUGGACUGACUCCAUGUUGCACAUGUUCCAGUACGUCCACAUCAUCUCGGGCGUCUUUUUCUACCUGAGCUCUGCCGCUAACCCCAUCCUCUACAACCUGAUGUCCACGCGCUUCCGGGAGAUGUUCAAGGAGGUGAUGUGCCGCCGGCGCUUCCAGAAGCUGGGAUCCCACAAGCACUCGCCCAGCAGCACCCGCGCCACCAUGCGCAGCACAGUCUCGGAGCACAUCGCCGGGGGCAACGGGCAACCGCUUUCUGACAUGGAGGAGUAUGAGAUGGACCCGGAGGGGGAGAAUGCAGAGCAGCGGAAGGCCCCGUUCCUCUGA